ACCUUGAAAGUCUCUUUAGUAGUACAAUAUCAGUUGUAAGACAUAAAACAUACAUUAUAAACAUACACAACUUCAGUUUUCAGGUUUGGCCUUCUAGAUGAACAGCACAUGGAUUUGUUGGCAACUCUCAAUGACUCAACUAAAUGUGGUUGUAGAGUUUGUCCUGAGGGCUGGAUCCAUCACAGAGGAAAGUGCUACCUGUUCCCCUCUUCCAAGAAAAACUGGGAACAGAGUCGAGACCAUUGCAUCACCUUAGGGGGUCACCUAGCCAUUGUGAAUGAUAAACAAGAGCAGGACUUUCUGGUUGCAAAAUCAAACCAAGUCUCCCACUGGAUUGGACUGAAUGAUCUGGCAGUGGAGGGACAGUGGCGUUGGGUGGACAGCAGCUCUCUCAGCGACACCAAAGCUGUUUUCUGGUUUGAUAGAUCACACCUCAAUGGAAUAGAUGAGCCAGAUAACUGGAAAAAAGAGGAUCCUUCAGGGGAGAACUGCGGCUGCAUUUCCUUCACAGGAGAUUGGCAUGACAAUUCUUGCAAAAUUAUGAAGAAAUUUGUAUGUGAGACACUUGCCACUUAUUGAGAUGUAACUUUUUUCAGAAAAUGAAAUUAAAUAUUUUACUAUGAAAA